AUGUCAUCUUACAGGCACAAGUCUGGUGCUCAGAAAAGGCAGGAAAAAAAGAUACGAGAAAAAGAAGCAAAGAAGGCCUCUCGCACAUUGUUUGAGGUAGGUGCUUACAAAAGAGACAAGGAAGGUGAUUCAACUUUAAAUAAACCUGGUGAAAGCUCUGUUCAAAGCAUUGCUGAAGAAGAAGAAGACACAGACGGCUUGGCUGCUUCGGUAGACCAUGACACCACAGAAAGUGCACAGAAGCACAACAAGACCUUGAUAAGUGCACAAAAGAAGAAGAACAAGACCUUGAUAAGUGCACAGAAAAAGAAGAAAAACACCUUGAUAGGUGUACAGAAGAAAAAAAAACAAGACCUUGAUAAGUGCACAGAAGAAAAAGAACAAGACCUUGAUGAGUGCACAAUAGAAGAAGAACAAACCUUGAUAAACCUUGAUAAGUGCAGAAAAGAAGAAGCACAAGACCUUGAUAAGUGCACAGAGGAAGUAGAGCAAGACCUUGAUAAGUGCACAGAAGAAGAAGAACAAGACCUUGAUGAGUGCACAAAAGAACAAGAACAAACCUUGAUAAGUGAACAGAGGAAAAGAAAAGGACAAGGUCUUGAUAAGUGCACAGAAGAAGAAGAACAAGACAUUGAUUAUUGCACAGAAGAAGUAGAACAAGACCUUGAUAAGUGCACAGAAGAAGAAGAACAAGACCUUGAUGAGUGCACAGAAGAAGAAGAAGACCUUGAUAAGUGCAUAGAAGAAGAGGAACAAGACCUUGAUAAGUGCACAGAAAAAAAAGAACAAGACCUUGAUAAGUGUACAGAAGAAGAAGAACAAGAUCUUGAUAAGUGCGUAGAAGAGGAAGAAGAAGACCUUGAUAAGUUUACAGAAGAAGAGGAACAAGACCUUGAUAAGUGCACAGAAGAAGAGGAACAAGACCUUGAUAAGUGCACAGAAGUAGAAGAACAAGACCUUGAUAAGUGCACAGAAGAGGAGGAACAAGACAGUGAUAAGUGCACAGAAGAAGAAAAAGAAGACCUUGAUAAGUGCACAGAAAAAAAGAAUAACACCUUGAUAAGUGCACAGAAAAAGAAGAACAAGACCUUGAUAAGUGCACAGAAGAAGAAGAAUAAGAACUUGAUAACUGCACAGAAGAAAAAGAACAAGACCUUGAUAAGUUGUACAGAAGAAGAAGAACAAGAUCUUGAUAAGUGCGUAGAAGAGGAAGAAGAAGACCUUGAUAAGUUUACAGAAGAAGAGGAACAAGGUCUUGAUAAGUGCACAGAAGAAGAAGAACAAGACAUUGAUUAUUGCACAGAAGAAGUAGAACAAGACCUUGAUAAGUGCACAGAAGAAGAAGAACAAGACCUUGAUGAGUGCACAGAAGAAGAACAAGACCUUGAUAAGUGCAUAGAGAAAAAAAAAGUAUAUAAGACCUUGAUAAGUGCAGAAAAGAAGAAGCACAAGACCUUGAUAAGUGCACAGAAGAAGAGGAAGACCUUGAAAAGUGUACAGAAGAAAAAUAACAAGACCUUGAUAAGAGCACAGAAGAAGAGGAACAAGACCUUGAUAAGUGCACAGAAGAAGAAGAACAAGACCUUGAUAAGUGCACAGAAGAAGAUGAACAAGACAGUGAUAAGUGCACAGAAGAAGAAAAAGAACACCUUGAAUAGUGCACAGAAAAAAAAGAAUAAGACCUUGAUAAGUGCACAGAAGACGAAGAGCAAGACCUUGAUAAGUACACAGAAGAAGAAGAACAAGACCUUCAUCAGUGCACAGAAGAAGAAAACCAGACCUUGA